CUGCGAUCGCUGCCGUUCGCGUUGCUCGUCGUGGUCCUCGUCGGGAGAGGCGAGGGCAACCCGAUGGACAACGUCGCAACAGAGAGGCUGGCUGAGGAAAGCCACCGCCAAGACAGUGCCAACCUCCUCAUCUUCAUCAUGCUCCUCACGCUCACCAUCCUCACUAUAUGGCUCUUCAAACACAGGCGUUUUCGGUUCCUGCACGAAACGGGGCUCGCGAUGAUCUACGGUCUUCUGGUGGGCGUGAUCUUACGGUUUGGUGUCCACGUGCCCCCGAGCAUGAGCGACGUAGUGCAGGGAUGUGCGGUGAACGCCAGUCCCGCCACUUUGCUUGUCAACGUCAGCGGGCGAUUCUACGAAUACACGCUAAAGGGCGAAGUCAGUCGCGGCAAAGGCCGCCAAGUGCAGGACGAUGAGAUGCUGAGAAAGGUUACUUUUGACCCAGAAGUCUUUUUCAACAUUUUGCUGCCCCCAAUCAUCUUCCAUGCUGGCUACAGUCUAAAACGGAGACAUUUUUUCCGCAACAUCGGCUCCAUCCUGGCCUAUGCUUUCAUGGGAACUGUUAUAUCCUGCUUUAUUAUAGGGCUCAUCAUGUACGGAUUUGUGUCCUUCAUGAAAGUGGUGGGCCAGCUGGGGGGAGAUUUUUACUUCACUGACUGUCUCUUCUUUGGGGCCAUCGUAUCAGCGACGGACCCAGUGACAGUGCUGGCUAUUUUCAAUGAGCUGAAGGUAGACGUGGACCUGUACGCUUUACUUUUUGGGGAGAGCGUGCUCAAUGACGCCGUGGCGAUUGUUCUCUCAUCUUCCAUUGUGGCCUACCAGCCGGCGGGAGACAACAGCCACAGUUUUGAGGCCAUGGCCAUGCUCAAGUCCUUUGGCAUUUUCCUGGGUGUCUUCAGCGGAUCAUUUGCGCUUGGCGUGGCCACCGGUGUUGUGACGGCGCUCGUGACCAAGUUUACGAAGCUGAGGGACUUCCCCUUGCUGGAGACGGCACUGUUUUUCCUCAUGUCCUGGAGCACCUUCCUGUUGGCAGAGGCCUGCGGUUUUACUGGCGUGGUUGCGGUGCUGUUCUGUGGCAUCACCCAGGCUCAUUACACCUAUAACAAUCUCUCUCGUGACUCACAGGAUCGGACCAAACAGUUAUUCGAGCUGCUCAACUUUCUGGCAGAGAACUUCAUCUUCUCCUACAUGGGACUGACGCUCUUCUCCUUUCAGUCGCACGUCUUCAACCCUCUGUUCAUCAUCGGCGCCUUUGUGGCGGUGUUCUUGGGGAGGGCGGCAAACAUUUAUCCAUUGUCUUUCCUGCUCAACCUGGGCCGCAAGAACAAGAUCGGAUCCAAUUUUCAACAUGUCAUGAUGUUUGCAGGCUUGCGCGGAGCCAUGACAUUCGCCCUUUCCAUCCGAGACACAGCCACUUACGCCCGCCAGAUGAUGUUCUCCACCACCUUGCUGAUCGUCUUCUUCACUGUGUGGAUCUGCGGAGGUGGCACUAUGCCUAUGCUGUCCUUCAUGAGCAUUCCUGUGGGCGUGGACUCUGAUCAAGACCACACGAGUUCGGGAAUGUUGGAUGGUUCAUUGAGGAGGAACACAAAGCAUGAAAGCGCUUGGCCCUUCAGGAUCUGGUACAACUUUGAUCACAACUACCUGAAACCGCUCCUGACCCACAGCGGCCCCCCUCUCACCGCCACCCUGCCCGCCUGUUGUGGACCGUUGGCGCGGUGCCUCACUAGCCCCCAAGCAUACGAGAAUGAAGGGCAACUCCACGACGACGACUCCGACUUUAUUCUGAACGACGCCAGAGUGAGCUCCAUGUAUGCCGACGUCACCGUCAGUACGGACGGCUCGGGCUCCAGCGGCGUCAAGCGUCACCGCCCAUCCGACGAGGGCCUGGAUCACGAACUAGCGCUGGCCGAGCACGAGGUGCCCAUCCGGGGAACCCGCCUGGUCUUGCCAAUGAACGACCCCGCCGAUCCCCCGACGACCGUGACCCUACCUCCGCCACCUUCGCCGCCCCGUUCGGACCCCCGUAGGCACAGACUGUAA